AUGGCACAAGAUCCGACAUCCCUUGUCCAAGGAGUAACUAAUGGAUUAACGAGAGAAAGUAUGGGAUUCCGUACGGCGGGACCCUCUUCAUCUUCAUCUUCAUCUUCGCCGUUUCAAUCUACUUUAAGUCUGAGGAGAACGUCGUCGUUCUUUCCAUCAAGUGGAGUUGGUGGUGGGGGUAAGACUUCAACUUCACAAGGGGCCGGUUUUAAUAAUUUGAUGUCUUCUUCUUCUUCUGGAACGUAUUUCCCAACUUCGGGGUCUACUACAGGUGAAAGCUCCAAUACUCAAACAGAUAUCUUCCUGCUGCUGCCUGAUUUGGUUGCUUUUGGUAAUGGUAAUGGUGUUGCUUUGAAUACUAAUGGAUUUAAUAAUAAUCAACCCCACCACCAAUUCGCUUCACUUACAGUGAAAAGACAUAACAGUUCUCCUUUGAUAGGAACUCUGCUAUCCCAAAUAUCUACAAAUUCACUGUCCAAGUUUUUCAGUUCCACUGUCUCUGUUCCAAACACUGCCGGUUCGACUUCAAAUACGGGGAAUAUCCAAAGUUCUACCGUCUCAACUAGAUCUUUACUGACAUCACAGGUAUCUACGCCUCCGCAUAAUAAUUUGAUUGAUUUUGGAAUGGAUUUGAACACUUCCAUCAAACAUUUGAAUAUUAAUAGUACGCCUCCUUUAGGUUCUAAUGGUAAUGGUAACGGAGACUCUCAGAGUUUAUUUGGAAUGAAUUCGCCAUCUGCUCCGUACCAACCGAUUGGUUCUAUUUGGAAUGAGAAUGUGACAAUUGGUGAUGGUCUGCAUCAUUCUCAUCUGACAGCUUCAUUAUCAAAGACAAAAUUAGGUAAAUUAAAUGAAGAAGAAAAUGAUGAUGAUUUGAAAUUGUUAACUCCACUCUUUACAAAUGAUUUUGAUGAUUUUAAUGAACCACCUACAUCUUCUGGUUCCAGAAACUCGGAAAGUUAUCUGCAAUUCACUCCAUUGACAGCAAGUUCAUCAACUGUAACAACUCCAAAAUCAAGAUAUCAUAACAUUUACAGUUCCAAAGUCAAUAAUACGCCUUCCUUUAUUCCUCGUCAAUUAUAUCUGCUGCAACAUUCCUUUUGCAAUGAAACUACAACUAAUACAAGCACGGCAUCUACAACGCCCAGAUUAUCGGCAAUUUCUUUACCAGAUGACCAUUUGAUAGGAAAUUCAAUAUUACAACCAUUCAUGGAUGAUGAACCAUUUAAUCCACAUCAUCCUUCUGGAUUCGACUCCCUUACACCUGAAAGAGCAGCAUACCCUAUUCCACCAUCAAAUCAGUUGAGAAAUAUUGACGAGAAAGCUGAACGAAUUAUCCAGAGAGAUCAAGAGCACAACAGUGCUAAUCGGAGUUUAAAUAACCAAGAAUCUGCUUCUCUGUCAUGUUCAUCGUCAACAAGUUCUGGGAUAUUUUCGAAUAAAAGUAUUCGGGUAAGAUUACCAGUUUGUACAACUUCUGUCAAAAAUUCAAGAUUAUUUACAGAGAAAAUCAUCAGCAAUCCCUUCAAAUCAUAUAAGGAGGAUUAUUGCUCGACAUUUUACAAAAGAAACCAUCAUGGCUAUAUGUUUGUUCGAGAACCAACAAAUAUAUUAAAAGUUAACACCACGAUGUCCAAACUGUGGGUCCAGAUUAAAAUCAAACUUACUGACAAGCAUAAUGGAGAUCUUAUUUGUAAGAAACUCAAAGUUGAUGUUAAGGAGUUGCCCAUUUGGAAGCCUAUCACUGGUGGUGGUGGUGGAUCGGGAAAUAAUAAUUACUCAGGACAUUCCAAUGGGUCUGGAUCAGGGGCAAUUAAGAGACUGAGGAGACCGGGAUCGCAAAAGAAUGGAGGAUUUAGUGGUGGACGUGGAGGUAAACCAGGGAAUGGAGCCCGUUUUCGAGGUCGUGGAGGAGGAUUUGGUGGACGGUCAUAA